AACAAAGUGGGGUUGCGGAUGUGGAGUUAGGGGAUUGGGGUCAAGCUAACUAACGGUAGAGGUAUGUAGCGACCAGGGCCCGGUUGUUCAGAACCCGGUUAACUCUUAACCAGCCGUUAAGUCAGUGUUAACUCUCCGUUAAAUUUAACCAAAUGGUUAUGUUGUUUCCCAAAGCAUGGUUAUCUUUAACGACUGGUUAAACACCCGUUAAAGUUAACACACCUCCUGACCUCUGUUAAAUACUUAACACCUUGGUUAUCUUUGAAACAAAAUGGCGUUCAUGGUUAGGCCUAGCGCCGCUUUCAUGGUUCCAGAGGUUAAUGCGAGACAACAGAAGCGAUUCCGAGCUGUAAAUUUUGCAUUAAUAAACUACACAGACAGUGAACUUUGUGAUAGGUACAGAUUUGGGCGGGAAUCUAUCAACUACAUCGCCAAUAUACUGAGGGAAGAUUUGGAGCGCCCUACACAACGUAGCCAUGCUCUAAACGUCAAUCAACAACUGAUGAUAGCUUUCCGUUUUUACGCAAGUGGUAGUUUCCUUCAAGUGAUUGGUGAUACGAUAGGGGUGGACAAAAGUACAGUUUCACGUGUCAUAGUCGAUGUGACUGAUGCCUUGGUUAAAAGAAAGAACGAAUUCAUAAAAUGGCCAACACGAGAAUGCUACAUACGUCAGGUUCAAGAUGGAUUUUUCGCCCUUGGUGGUUUUCCGAGUGUCCUAGGUUGCAUUGAUGGUACGCACAUACGUAUUCAGGCACCGACCAGGGAUGAACCAGCUUACGUUAAUCGGAAAGGAUACCACAGUAUCAACGUACAGGCAGUGUGUGACCACGAAGGUAAAUUUACGAAUGUGUGUGCUAAAUGGCCGGGAUCAACUCAUGAUAGCCACAUAUUUAGAACCUCUACUUUGUGUGAAUUCUUAGAGAGGUCGCACACUUCAAUAUCAGAUGGCUUUCUAUUGGGAGACAGUGGAUAUCCUUGCAGGCCUUUUCUCCAAACCCCAUACAUGACUCCACAAGGCAAUGCUCAGCAGAGAUACAAUGACAGCUUGUGUGCUACAAGAGUUACAAUAGAAAGAACAUUUGGUCGAUGGAAAAGACGGUUUCAUGUACUUCAUUCUGAGAUAAGGAUGAGUCCACGCCGUGGGUGUCAGAUUGUCCUUGCCUGUGCUGUCCUCCACAAUAUAUCCAUAUUACUGAAUGAGCCAUUACAAGAUGACAACGACAACCCAGAUGAACAGCCAACAGUGGACACACAUGGCGGAAGGCAUGAUGGACGAGGCAUUAGAGAUCAUAUUGCCAAUACCUUCUUCUCCAGCUAAUAAACUACAAACAGAGGACACAAGAAUUAAAUAUAGUGAUAAUUAAACUGCA